AUGGAAGACUCGAAGCCUGCGGGAACUCCUCUGGCUCAGAAUCAUGGAAUUACUCCUGACGGUACCAGUGAACAUGUGGAACCUUCUCUUUAUCGUGCUAUGAUCGGAUCUCUCAUGUAUCUUACCGCUUCAAGGCCCGAUAUUAUGUAUCCAACAUGUCUUCUUGCUCGUUACCAGUGUAAUCCGAAGGUUUCUCAUAUGAUGGCUGUUAAGAGGAUUUUUCGUUAUCUGAAGGGUUAUCUAGACACUGGUCUGUGGUAUCCUAAGGAUGAUAACUUCGAUUUGAUUGCAUUCAGCUAUUCUGAUCAUGGCGGCUACAAGAUUGAUGCAAAGUCAACAUCAGCGAGAUAUGUGGCACUGAAAUCAGCUAAAGGCAAAGAGAACGUGUUAUAUGACAAGCUGCGGAAUGAAGACACAACAUGGAUGUAA